UUCAGAGUAGAUAUAUAUAGUUUUGUCUGGAUCAAAGCAUACAAAGCAUACACGGAAUGACAACAUGGGUGUAAUUGCCAAUUGGACCAUACUUUACCGCAACAACAUUAUCUCUUACCAAAUAUUUUUCCUAAACCAAACACUUGAUUGAAGUAGGGCAAGCUCAUAGCCUCAUACUAUUUUGCAGUUAUGGCUAUCAACUUCUCCAGAGCAUUCAAAUUUGUUGUUCCAGCAAGUUUAGCGGCUUUACUUGCUAUUACACUUCAAGUUUUCUUCUUCUCACCAAUCAAAGAUCCCAACUUCCUUCAACUCCCCUCAAAAUCUUCACUUCUUCCUGCAAACAACCUGUUACAGGGAGUUACUAAACUGGGAGAAGGGUUUUUGAAAAGACCAGAAGAUGUUUGGGUGGAUAAAGAGGGUGUGCUUUAUACAGCCACAGGAGAUGGCUGGAUCAAGAGAUUGCAUAAAAAUGGAUCCUGGGAGGAGUGGAAGAAGAUUGACAGCAGUUCUAUACUUGGAAUCACAUCUAGCAAGGACGGUGGUCUUAUUGUUUGUGAUGUUGAAAAGGGUGUGCUCAAGGUUAAUGAAGAAGGGAUAACAUUUCUUACAUCACAUGUCAAUGGUACCAAUAUAAGAUUUGCAGAUGAUGUUAUCGAAGCAUCAGAUGGUAGUCUAUACUUCAGUGUAGCAAGCACCAAAUUUGAAUUAAGUAAUUGGUACUUGGACUUGCUGGAAGCAAGACCUCAUGGUCAGUUGUUGAAGUAUAAUCCAUUAUUGGAUGAGACAUCAAUAGUGCUAGAUGGCUUGGGGUUUGCUAAUGGCGUUGCACUUUCAAAAGAUGAAGAUUAUCUUGUAGUUUGUGAAACAUGGAGAUUUAGGUGUCUUAAAUAUUGGCUGAAAGGGGAGGCCAGCGGAAAAACAGAGAUAUUUGUCCAGAACCUACCCGGUGGCCCUGAUAACAUCAAUCUUGCGGAUGAUGGCUCUUUCUGGAUUGCCUUACUCCAUUUAACAGCGGAUGGACUGGAGUUUGUGCACACCUCUAAGCUGGCAAAGCACCUGGCUGCAACAUUUUUAAGUUUGACGAAGUUAAUCAAUGGCACAACCCGCAAAGCAACAGUGGUGAAGGUGGCAGCUGAUGGCACAAUUCUAAAGAUCUUUGAUGAUUCGCAAGGAAAGACAAUAUCGUCUGUUACAUCAGCUUUUGAGUUUGAAGAUCAUCUCUACCUGGGAAGUUUAACGUCCAACUUUGUUGGGAAACUAUCGCUGAAAGAUGCCUAAAGGUUGAAGUCUCACAUAUAUAUUUUGACAUCUUCAAAUUUCAGCAGAUGGGCAAAAAUAUUUCUCCAAGCAGAUGCACAGUUUACUCCCCAUAGCUCAAUCGCGCUGAAUAAUAAAAGUCAAAUGUUCAUCAAUUUCAUCUGUUGAAAAUGCUCUAAAAGCUCAAUUAUCUGUUUUGACAA